UUUCACUCAGACGCGGUCGCAAAGCUUAAGGGGACGCCAUGUUAUUUGACUGCACUAACAGCACUUGACUAUCCUUUCAUUUAACACAUUACUUGUUGUAUUUUCACUAGUGCAAGAUGGGGAGGCGGUCUAUUUCAACGACAAAGAGUGGGAAGUUUAUGAACCCCACUGAUCAAGCAAGGAAAGAAGCAAGAAAAAGAGAGUUGAAGAAGAAUAAGAAGCAGAGGAAGAUGGUACGGGAAGCUGUGUUAAAAUCCAAGGAUCCUCAAAGGAUAUUAGAGGAAAUUGAGAAAAUUGAAACCAUGGAAAUUGAUGCUGGGCCAGUCCCACUUCCCAAUGACAAGGCACUUAAAGAGAAGAAAAGAAAGCUGAAGGAAACACUCGACAGAAUGUUGAAACUAUAUGAGAAAGAUGAUCCAUCUCACUCUGGACAAAUGAGGCAAUUGAUUGCUGAUAGUGAGAGAAAACGUUUACAGGCUCAAAUGUCUGCUCAUGAAAUACGACAAAAAGCUCUAGCAGAGGAAGCAAGAAUGCCUCCUGACAUCCCUCUGCCACCAAACAUCCCUCUUCCCCAUGCAGGAAUGUUAAUGCCAAGUGAUAUCCCUCUUCCUGGACCAUUACCUGGACAACUGCCCCUUCCUCCAGGUUUGAUCCCCCCAGGUCCUCCUCCUGGGCCUCCACCAAAACGCCCCUCAGGAAUGAUCCCACCUGGUCCCCCACCAGGACCCCCACCAGGUAUACCACCAAUGAGUGCUCCCCCACCCCUCCCCCCUGGAAUAGCACCUGAGGACAUGGAAAGUGGUCAGUAUGAUGAUGAUGAUGACAGUGAAGGGAGCACCAGUGAAUCAGGAGGUGAGGAAGAGGAGUAUGAUCCUGCAGUUCCACUUGGAAGAUUGGAGGGAGAUGCUGGAGAUGGCCAACCACUUGGAGACAGCAGAGAUGAUGGCAUGGAUGACAGUGAAGGAGAUAAAGAAAUGGGAGAGCGCCAAAGAACUGUGAGGUUUGCAGAUGAAGUUGAAAAUAGUGGGGGUGAGAGCCAGUCCUCAAAAAGUGCUGGUACCACUUCAAUACAAGACUUUCUUCUUAAAAUGGCAGGCCAACCCCUCCCUGAUAAACCACAGGAAGCAGGCAAUGAAGGAGAUCAAUCCAGAAAAACUAUGACACAGACAGGUCAACCCCAACCUCCAGGGCCACCACCUGGCCCACCUCCUGGACAGCUUCCCCUACCUGGAAGUCAGCAGCCUGGAAGUCUACCCAUUCAGCCAAACUUUCAGAUCAGAGCCCCACCCCCAAGAAUGUUUCCUCCUGGCCCACCGCCUGGCAGACCCCCAGGCCCUCCUCCAGGGAUGCCUGGCAUGGUCCCUCCUGGUCCACCCCCAGGGUUACCACCUAAUAUA